UUGAUUUCCUCUGGUUUUAAUUGUUGAUUGAUUUUGAUUCCAUAAUCUACUUUGAUUAGUCUUACAAUUUGUCGGUGUUAAGAUGACCAGCGAUCUUUGAAUUGGCUUCGUUUUGUUUAGAUUCUAAUUGUGGUUACUCUUUUGUGAUGGCGAAAAUAAAUUUGAUACAAAACGACAUUCGAAAUGAAGAAAUGGUCGACCAAGUGGUUUGUACUGUUGAAAGAUUGUCACUCGUCAUGGAGAAUAUGUUCAAUUCGGUUGAUGGUCGUCUGGAUGCUCUCAAGGGACGAAUGACAAGUAUCCAGGAUCGAUCGAUCGAGGCUCAGAGAAACAUCGACAAAAUUAGAGAGUCGAAAUCUAAAGUGACCAAAGUGUUUGCUCGUCAUCGUUAUCCGGCCAAAUCCGUUAAUCGACCAUAUCAAGCCUUGGAUAAUAUUCCAUGGACAUCGAUUCGACCUGAUGAAAGUAACAUGAAAUCUUAUUCUAAAGAGCCGAUCAACGGAGCUCAUAUUCCUUUCGAUGAUGAAUCAUUGAAAGAUAAGAUUAAAUUUUUCAUCACCGCUCGGGAGAAAAGGCCCGCUGGCAGUGGAUCUCUUGAUUCUAAAAAUGGUGUUGAUUCAGUUCCAUGGGAGAGAAUAACAAAUGUCGGAACUUUGGUCAUGUUUAAUUCGUCAGAAAAUCCGUUCCUUCGCUCUCGUCAAGUUUCUUCUCUAGUUGAUGUCAAGAUGAAAAUUCGAAAAGGAGUUCAAUCAAUGAUUGAUGAUACCGAUGGUAUUGUUCCGUUGACACCUUCUUCUAUUCUAAAUUCUGAGCAGAUCGAAAGCCAAGAGAAAAUGUUGCAAUAUAAUCCAAACUCACAAGCUGCCCCAAAGAUACUCGAUUCAUUGCCUUCAGCUUUACCCCAUUUACCUGGAAUAGCCGAUGAUUUAUUAUUUACUAGCGAAGAAACUUUCGAUCAUUUUAAUCGAAGUUCAUCAGAAAUUGGAUCAUUACCUAAACUGAUUAGUAGUCCUAUCGCUAAACCAGAAGCAGCUCAUGAUUUUCAAGCACAACGUCAAGUCGCUCCUACGAACAUUCAAUCACUUAGCCAAUCAACUCCACCGCCACCAAUGUCUUCAGGACAACAAACAUUACCUUCAGCUAACACUCCAAUGGUACCAUCUAUACCUCCACCUCCUCCUCCUCCACCACCGCCACCCUUAGUUACUCUGCCAUCAGGACCUGCUGGACCACCCCCACCACCUCCUCCACCUCCACCUUCAGCACCUAUUGCACCUCCUCCACCUCCCGCACCUCUUGUCCCUCCGUUAUCUACCGACGAUUCUCAACCCACUGUCCCUACACCAGCAGCGCCUAAGGCACCAAUCGGCGAUCCAAGAGAAGGCCUUUUAGCUUCGAUUCGUCAAGCUGGUGGUCGCCCAACAAAGAAACCUAUUAACCUUAAACAGCGGAAAAUCGAGGAGAAAAAAGAGGCUCGCGCUGUGGUCAGCGACGACUUCAUGUCAGCCUUACAACAGAAACUGAACGAUCGACGCAAAGGAAUAAGCGGAAAAAGUAGCGAAGUCGAUGGACCAAAAUCAGGUUCAUCUCUAUCUCGAGCUGCAGCCGCUAUCAUGUCACAACAAAGACGAGACAGCGUUUCAUCAUCAGCCUCAUCAAUCAACGACGAUGCAGAUUGGGAUGACAAUUAACCGAAACAAUCAAGUCACUAAACUAAACCUGUAAAUAGCAUCAAAUGUAAUAUAAACAAAAAAGCAAACGACAAAAUCAAGAGAAAACCAAAACUAUUAUUGUUAACAAAAUGAUAUUCCAAUCAUAAUAUAAAACUAAUCAUUCACAAUUAACAAACAAUCCAACAAUCCAACAAUCAACAGAUAAAACAAUCUAAAUUUAAAUGGAAAAUAAAACCUCUAAAAAAGUGGAUUAUGCUCAAUAUGCUUAAGAAUAAAUCAUAUGUUCCCAAUAACGAGAUUUCGUUUUUUAGAUAACAUA